AUGAAUAAUUUCAACGACGACUUAUACCCGUUAGCUCUCCUUAUGGAUGAGUUGAAACACGACGAUGUAUCAAACAGGGUCGAGGCUAUGCAGAGACUAGACACAAUUGCUAUUGCACUAGGUACCGAAAGAACACGUAAAGAGUUAUUACCAUUUUUAAAUGAUGUUGCUCAAGACGAUGAGGAAGAAGUAUUUGCCGUUUUGGGUACCAAAUUGGGAGAUUUUGUCCCCUUGAUUGGCGGCCACGAAUACUGUGAACCUUUAAUAUCCAUUUUGACCAUAUUGGCAUCAAUGGAAGAACCUUUGGUGAGAGACAAGGCAAUUGAAUCUUUAAACAAAAUCAGUUUGGAGUUGACACAAGAGGAAAUCAACAAAAUCUUUCUUAAUUUGAUCACUAAUCUAACACAGGGAAAUUGGUUCCUGAAAAAAAUCGCUUCGUGCGGUUUGUACAAGGCGGUGAUUAUCAGGGUUAAUGCCGAAGUUAGAAAAGAUUUACUAAAGAUGUAUCUCAAACUAGUUACUGACGAUUACCCAAUGGUUAGAAGAAGCGCCGCAACAAAUUUACCACAUUUGAUUGACUUGCUAACAGAAUUUACCGAGAAAUCGCCUAACGAUGUCAACAAAGUUAACAAUGAGGACUGGGAAAUCAUUUCUAAAAUGUUUCAGCAUUUACUCAAUGAUGAUCAAGAUUCAGUUAAAUUUCUUAGUGUUGAUGUUCUCAUAUCGAUUUUGGUUUUCUUUCAAAAAAUCCACGAAUAUAGCUUCAAUUCAGAUUUUUUGUCAAGUGCAUUAAAGCUCAUCAAAGAUGAAAGUUGGAGAGUAAGAUAUACAGCUGCUGAUAGAUUCAGUAAAAUUGCAUCCAAUUUUGCUCCCAAUGAACAAGAUUUAUUUCAGUUAAUUGACCCGUUUAUAUCAUUGAUGAAGGAUCAUGAGGGAGAGGUGAGAAAGGCAAUUGCUAAACAGUUGCCGUCAUUCUGCCAAUUGUUAACCAAAUACCCUCCUGCAAAAGCAACAAUAUUAAACAAAAUUAUUCCGGUGGUGAAUGAGUUAAGUCAAGACCCACAAGAAAACGUUAGAGCCUCAUUGGCCUCAACUAUUACCGAAUUAUCACCAAUCUUGGAAAGACAAGCCACAAUUGACAAAUUAUUACCAAUUUUCUUAACCAUGUUGAAGGAUGAAUUUCCAGAUGUCAGAUUGAACAUAAUUUCCAAUUUAUCAGUAGUCAAUGAAACCAUUGGUAUCAAUUUGUUAUCAACAAAUUUACUUCCGGCUAUAACAGAAUUAGCGCAAGAUCACAAAUGGAGAGUUAGAUUGGCCAUAAUUGAAUAUAUACCCAAAUUAGCAGAGCAACUUGGCGAAUCCUUCUUCAACGAUGAAUUGUUAUCGUUGUGUUUGUCAUGGUUAUGGGACCCUGUUUUUGCCAUCAGGGAAGCAGCGGUGAACAACUUGAAAAACUUAACCGUUAUAUUUGGCUCUCAGUGGGCAGCAAAGGAAAUUCUUAGUAGGUUGUUAAAUCAAGACGACAAAAUCGAUGAGGAUGACAAGAUUGACUAUUCAAAUUUUAUAAUUAGAAUAACGUGUCUUUUUGCUGUGACAAGCUUGAUUCCGGUGAUUGACCACAAAAUACUCAUUGAAAAAGUACUUCCGUUUAUCAACAGUUUGAUUACUGAUGCUGUGCCAAAUAUAAGAUUCAACGUUGCUAAAUCGUAUCUAACCUUGGUUGAAACUUUAGCAAAAGACGAACAAGCAAAGGCAAAUCCGGAAGAAUUGAAGAAAUUGAUAAAUUUACAAGUGUUAUCGAAUUUACAGAAAUUGGAAACGGAUGAUGACGUAGACGUUAGAUUUUAUUCAACAAAGAGCAUCAAGGGAAUAAACGAAAUGUUGGCAUAA